ACCUUAGCUGAAUUCUGCUUUUGUUUUUAUUUCUCUCUUCUUGCGCUCCUCUCGUCUGAUUGAUGUGCAAAGUCUGAUGCUCUUGCCAGAGCGAGAGGAAUAAAUAGAUGCCUCUGCGCGCAAAGGCUUAGACGGCGGAGAGGAGCAGCCAAAGCGGCAGCGCGGAGCUCCGCUAAGCUCUGGGACCCCAUCUGGGAAAUUCUAUCUGAGCAAGCCAAAUCAGAAGCUCCUAAAUCAUCCGGGAGGGAGCUGGAUACGGCGCUGCGGGCCUCUCGGCGUGCGUGGCUCGGCUGUGCCCGGCCCCAGGCCCCAUCCCGCCAGGACCAUGGUCUGCUGCAGCCCCGGAGCGCGGCUGCUGCUGCGGGCCGGGCUGCUCGCCGCCCUGGCUGCGCUCUGCCUGCUACAAGUGCCCGGAGCCCGGUCUGCAGCCUGUGAGCCCGUUCGCAUCCCCCUGUGCAAGUCCCUGCCCUGGAACAUGACCAAGAUGCCCAACCACCUGCACCACAGCACCCAGGCCAAUGCCAUCCUGGCCAUCGAACAAUUCGAAGGUUUGCUGGGGACCCACUGCAGCCCCGACCUCCUCUUCUUCCUCUGCGCCAUGUACGCACCCAUCUGCACCAUUGACUUUCAGCACGAGCCCAUCAAGCCCUGCAAGUCGGUGUGCGAGCGGGCCCGGCAUGGCUGCGAGCCCAUACUCAUCAAAUACCGCCACUCGUGGCCGGAGAGCCUGGCCUGCGAGGAGCUGCCGGUGUACGACCGGGGCGUGUGCAUCUCUCCCGAGGCCAUCGUCACAGCGGAUGGAGCGGAUUUUCCUGUGGAUUCUAGUAAUGGAAACUGUAGAGAGGCAAGCAGUGGUGAGUAUAUCACUAUCUUCCUGGUGUUCAUUUCUGGCCAAAUUAGUCUUUGA